GUGACGAUAACCUUAAAGCUUUUCCGAUGGCAGACGACUUUGAUCGGGCAAAACAUUUGUUCAAAUUGAACGAGCAAGUAUUCACUGUCAUGGGUGUAUGGCCGCUGCAUUCCACUUAUGCUAAAUUUUCCGUGUGGUUGAUUUAUCAUGUGGUUCAUACAUGUGCUGUAACCGCCGAUUUUGUCGAAAUAUUUGGAAACUUUGAUUUAAUGGUUCUCAAUAUUUCGGAGAACGCAUGGAACAUUAUGGUUAUAUCGAAAAUGUUGGUCAUGAGAUUCUCUCGGACACUCGUGGGUCUUACCGAACGGGUGAUAGAGGCCGUUGAUGAAAAAUCUUUCGAAAACCACGACGAGAAAAAAAUGUAUCUCGCUUACAAUGGCGUCGCUAAAAUCUUUUUCAAACUUUGGGUGCUCAUGGGCAUUGUCACCUCGGUUGCCAUUCAUAUAAAGCCAUUGGAAGUUCUUCUUCGAGCCUAUCGUACUCGAGUUUUCUUCGAGCUAGACACUACAGCCUUUUGGAUUAUGUGGGCAUAUCAAAUCCCGGAAAUUUACUUGAAUACGUUCCAAACGGCAACGAUCGGCUAUUUGUUUUCCUUGAUCCUUCACGUGUGUGGAGAAAUGUCCGUAUUGGCGCAGAGAAUAAAAAACAUUGACCUGGGUCCUCGUGAAGAGGAUCGGUCUUCCAAAUUAGUUUUUCAGGAUAUCGUAAAGAAACAUCGGAACAUUCUAGGAUUGGUAGCAGAUAUCAACGAAGUAUUCAACAUACUACUUUUGGAAGAACUUUUUAUAUGCACCCUGCUCAUUGGUCUCGCAGCUUACAACGUUAUAGUGAAUCUUGACAAUUCAGACAAAACUGUAAUCCUCGCCUCGAUGUUAGAAAGUACAACGAUCCUUUUGUUGAUUUAUGGCUACUGCGUCGCUGGCGAAUAUCUUAUAACCGAAAGCACAAACCUUUAUGCAGCAUAUUAUCAGUGCCAAUGGUACGAAAUGUCGGAUUCCUUCAAUAAACAACUAAUCAUUUGCAUGAUCGCUUCUUGCAAACCGAUUCAAUUAACGGGCGGUGGUUUUUAUAUUUUUUCUCUAGUCGGUUUCACAGGUGUUGUCAAAACAGCAGCAGGUUACAUCUCCAUGUUGCGAGCAGUGAUAUAAACGGAACGAGGUUUUCCAAUUUUUUACUAACUCCCUUGGCGAAAUGUUGCUCAUCCUAAACUUGUGAUUUCCCAUUUUUCAAUCCAUCAUUUAAUCCCUUGUUGUCCGUGCAUCACAAACAAUAAUUUUUGUGUAAAUUUUCUAAUCAUUUGAAUCAUAAAAUUUCUUCUGUUUUUCAUGGUUCCUAUACUCGAUUGUUACUGAUAUUCAAUUGAAGCGCGUUGUUCGCUCAAAAUAGUGUUAUCUCGUUCCAUCGUCGUCCGACCCACCCACUUUGCUAUAAUUCACCGUGGAUGAACAUUUUGCAAGGCAAUAUUCGUAGAAUUUCAACUUUGCAAUAUGAAUUGCAAAUAACAAGGGGAGAAUCGCAUGU